AUGGCGAUCUCCCCUGCUUUCUUGGAGCCAGCAGCUGUCUGUUAUGGCGCGUCCAUGUUCUCAGCUUUCCGCUCACGGUGCAGCGGCACGCACGCGCUUGCAUUCGUUGCGAUCGCCUUUUUCUGCGGCGCAGCGGGCCUGGCGUCAGCAGAUGGGCUUCUUCCCGUGCCUGCAACUGUCACAAACGAGCUUGGCGCAUAUUACCUCACAAGGCUUGCCGCCGACGGACAGGGCUUCGUAUUUUACUCCACCUUGAUCGGCCGCAACGUCCGCGGAUCUAACGCGUAUGCUCAGGUGAACGGUAUCUCCUCGGAGUCUCCAAAAGACGCAGCAAAGAAGACAUCCUUGGUGCGCGGGGUAUAUAGCGAGAAUACUAUGGGUGGCAGCACGGUGGUGGAGGUCUUCUUCAAGCCUCUACGUUGUGAAGAAGACACAUGCUACAAGCUCAGUCGGGUCGUUGCACUGAAGUCUCCAGACUCUUUGGAUUCGCAGGAUGCUGUUCUUGGGUACUUGAGACUUGGCGUUGGCGCCACGCAAUGGCUGGUCAAUGCAGACCAAGUCACAGUCAACAAUUAUCUUCGUGAAACGGCGACGGAGAACGAGUAUUACGACUCCACUUAUCAGUCUCAGCUUUUUUACAAGGUGUCCGUCCCUCGCGCUCCGUGCAGCUCGGCAGCCCCGCGCACGAGCGUUGGGGCUGUUGCCGAGUUUGAGGGUUUGCCACAGUUGGCUUGUUUGAGCUACCAAGGGGUUCAGUUUAUGGCGGGGGUGAAUGACCGAUCUUAUUACCUGUCGCUGCUCCAAGCAUACGCAGUUCCAGCGGCGCAAUGCGACGGCUCAGUAGCCCUGUUCUACAUACUGAACGGCGAGGCCACGGGACCCUGGAUCAUUGUUAGGCGGUCCCAACCAGAGGCCGUGCCUCUCUCCGUACUCAUGUACCUUCCAACAGAUGCCCUGCCUGAGUGUUUCCCCUUGUAUGAUAGUACGAUUGCCACGCUCCAGGCAACAGUGCUAUUGGCGAGGAUGGACUUUGGCCCUGUUACACGGUCAGGUCAGAUAUUGCUUGACAGCGUUCCUGCAUCGAUCCAGGCCCUUGGCUUUAACGGCACGUGCAGCCCCAGCUACUUUGGCAGCACAAAUUUCGUUUUCAACGCGGACGACGUAGAAGGCAUCAAGAGUGAACCGAGCUCUGAUCCGGACUUCAUCGGCAAGCUCGUUCCUUACAAUGGCACUGGGGCAUGUUCCUGUGUCCUGGGCCGAGACAAAGCCGGGCCUCUCCUUACAACCGCCUUUGAUACAACCUGCGCUCAACUUUACUAUGGGGACUCCGGCCAGCAGCGAGAGGCCGUGGUAACAUUCGGCCACCUGGACGCGGAGAACCCUCCCCCAGACAACCUCACAACGUGGGCGGAGAUACUCAGCACGGAAUGCGCGGCCGGGAACCACUUAACUAUCCGCAGUAUCCUACCCCAAAUCGCCAUCGACUUCGAGACGGACAAGGCCGCCCUGCUGAGCGCGACGGAGGUGAAGCUGCACCUGGACAGCGUAACCGCGAACGCGGCGUCGAUCCUGGCGGUCGAGGUCGCGCUGUGCGCGAGCGGGGUGGGCAACAUAGUCGCGCAGUUCGUCGCGCGCUUCGAGUUCUACCGGCACGGCCACCUGCCGCAGCUCGCCGCGGGGGCUUUCUCUGCGGUCGGCACCGGGCUUCUAAUCACUCUCUUCAACGCGCCCAACCUCGCGCUGGUGGCCCGCUCGCUGCGCAACUUCGACGCGGUGCGGGAGUACACGCAGACGAGCGUGCGGCAGUAUAAGCCGAGCAACUACUCGGCGGUGCUUAUGGCGGAGACGCACGCGUUUGUGACCGUGCGCGGCUCCCGCGCGACGGCCUUUGUCGGCCUCGGGCUGUACGCGCUUACGCUGUUGUUCUGCGUCGGGACCGCAGUGGCCGAGUUUCGGCAAAUCGCACGGCGCAGGAGCGAUGCGACGAACCGCCUCGGACGCAAGGCCCUGACCGCGGACCGCCACUUGCUGGUGGAGUGGCGCGGCACGGACGCCCUCCUCUUUGACACUCUCCAGCUGCGGAUCGACCGGGCGACCGGUAUCAGCGCCCCUUCAACUGCGAUGCACGGUGUCAAGCAGGUCAAGUCUCAGGCCUCCCUUCCGGACUCUGACACCUCAUCAGGGACCGACCCGCUAUGGAGGGGCUCCAGCCAGGAGAUCGAGAUGCAGGGGGGGGGAGAAGCUCAGCCGGAAGACUACCCCGGGAUAGCCGGGUUUGACUCCUCUUCGAGGCGGAUGCCGCCGCGGUUUACCAGGUUUGCCCGGAUGAACGGGCUGACGCAAUGAAUGACGCUUGGAGUGCGAGGUGCUGAGGGCGGAGGAAGGGAGUGUGUUUACGGUUACGCAACAGUGAAGAACGAGACGUUAUCGGAAUCGAAGUUACCAAGAACGGCUUAUUUUGACUUGGCAAUAUUCCAGCGCCUCUUCGGCUCGAAGCAGGUUUUUAUGUGGGUGUUAGCGUGUGUACGUAUAUGAGCGUGUGCGCUCCAACGGGGUACGUGACUGACUAGCUCUUGUAAUUAUCUAGCAAGGGCCGCAAGGUGGAUGCUAUUCUGGGUUGUAGAUAGAAGUCGAAGGGUGAUGACGAGCAGAGAGAUUGGGAGUAUAGCUAAAAGUUCACAAUUACUCUCUUCCGUGAAUGUCCAAGUCAAAAAACAUACCUUUUCAGAGCAAGCACGAUACUAACUAUUUCACAGCUGACUAACAUUAGUAUUCUUAAUCUGAAAGUGGUUAUAAAGUGGCGGUGACAAUUGUCUGUUCGUCAGUUUACAGAUGUAGGUCUAAUUUGCAGUAAAGCCUGGACAUAGUUUACCAAGACUUAAC